CAGCCUCCUUACUGGAGGAACGUUUGUUAGGCACAGGAAUAAAUAAAGACAACACUUCUCCUUUGUCAGUUAACAAGUCUAGGUUCAGUAGGGGUGGAAAAUAAACAUUAAAAAGAAACAGCUGCUCACUCAUUGUGAGCAUUAGAAAUUAUUGACUCCUGUUAAAAAGAAAAAAAUAAUUUCAUUUCGCGAAGCGAACUUGGAACGACGAACGGAAGAGGUUAACACAUCCUUACACGAAGGGGUCGGCGAGUGUAACGCCUUCAAUAUGUCGACGGCUGGCAAGGACAACAUCGGAACCAUUCAACAGUCUCUGACCACAACUACAACUACGACCAAUGCGGCUAGUGGUGGUGGUGGAGGAUCGGGGUCUCCUGCAGGGAGCAAAGCCAUUUCCACCACAAACUGGUUUACGACCGAGAUUCAGCAGAUGAUGUACGGCUUUGGGGACUGUCGCCGCUCGCUCCACGAGUCCGCUGUUUUGGUGGAAGAGAUUGUGCACCAGCAGAUGGCGUCACUGCUUUGUCAUGCAUCUGAUGUGGCUAUCAUGAGAGGCAGCCGCUUUGUGGGUAUGGAGGAUAUCUUGUUUCUCAUGAGGAAAGACAAGGUUAAACUUCGCCGGCUGCUGCGUUUCCUGGAGCUCAAAGACUUCAAGGUGGCCACCCUGAAAGGUGCAGGCUUGGAUGAGGAGGAUGCCAAUGAUCUAGGUGAUACAAAGCCUCAGAUGCUUAAAAGGCGCAGAAAAAUUUGUUAUGACUUCCUGGCAUCCAUUGAUCAGACAGGUGAGCUUCUGGCCCAGUUUGAUGAUCAGGGUAUCGAUAUGGUGAAACAUGAACGGCUUGUGAGAGCUGAGCUGAUGGCUCGAGGCAUGGAUCCACAGCAAUACAAAGAAUUCUGUGAAGCCAGACAAGCCAACUUCAGCCGUCGCUACAAAUCUCAGCGAUUCAAAGAUUGGCUGAUGGCAGGUGUGAAUGUUGACAUCAAGCCUAACCCACAAGCUCUGGAGGUCAUCAGUUACUUGGCCUAUGAGACUGUUGCACAGGUGGUAGAUCUGGCACUAGUGGUCAAGCAGGACAUGCGUGCUGUGGUCUCUGAUCCAUUGUCACGUUUUCUGGCACCUGUCCAACACAACUACCAUGACCUACAAUCCAGCAUGUUGUUUCCGUCUGCUACUCGACCUGCGCUGGGGGGCUUGGCAUCACCUGCUCGGAGCCCACCAACCACACCCACUCCUCCUGCAAGUGGACAGGCGAACCCUCCAACACCUGGGGCAAGCAGUAAUACUAGCAGCGGCUCCUCGGGUCAGUCAGGAGUGGGAUCCAGUCCUUCACAGCUUUCCAGCAACAACCUUAGUCGUGUUAACAAGAAGAAAAGGAAAAGGAGUGGACCACCAACCACCCUGGACACUUCAUGGAAUCAGGCCAUUUUGCCGUCAGAUAUCCGUGAGGCAAUGAGGCGGUAUUUUCAAGAUAUAGGCCCUUUUGCAUCCAUGACAAAAAUUCGCAAUCCCUUCAUUCCAAGAACUCGUCUGCUGUGUACCUGACCAGCUUGUGCCACUUCACAGUUUCAAGAAGGGGUUCCUAGUGUCCCAUGAGGAUGGCAACCAUUCUUGCAUUGGUUUUGCAACAACCAAGCCAGUGGUUUUGCACUUCCUGUAUGAGAUUUGCAACAGCCUCCUCAGGCAUUUGAAAGAAAUGCCUGUUUCUCCUUUCUGUAUUGGCAAGGAUGGGAAUAGGCACUUGCACACCCUGUACUUGGCAGCAUCGGUGUAUUUUGUUUAGCCUGACUGCUGAUGUUUUUGAUGUUGUGAUCCUGACAUGGAUGUUUACCUUAGAGCUGCCAUUGCCAUAGGUGUUAAUAAUGACUUUGCUUUUGCCAGGGCUGGUCUCCAUUUCAUAUGCAUUCACUUCCUGUCGUCUUUUGGUAAGGUCUUGCAGUUCACUGUUAGUGCCUCCAUCAGAUCGAUGUCAUAGAUUCCAUAUGAGUCUCCUGCUGAUGGAAAUAGAAGUAUAAUUGUGGUCAUAAAGGCUUUUCACAUGAUGGUCUCAACUGUGGUGGACAGCAAUGAUUUCCUUUGCUUACAAGAUUAUUAUUUUUAAGUUGAGAAUGACCAUUCAGAAAAAGAAACUAAUGCUUUUCACCAGAAUAAAUUCUCUAGAGUAAUAUCCCUAGAAGGGGAAAAAAAGAAACAAGCAAGUCUGUGUCUUCAAGUUCCAAGCCAAAAGAUUCAGAUGUCUUAUAGGCUACAGUCUUAUAAUGAAAAUGACAUCAUUGAAGAGGACAGUUGUGGUCUUGUGCUAUUAACAAAAAUAGGAGUCAUUAAAUAUUCUUUUAAGAUGCAAUUAUCGUGAAUUGUACUUAUUUGAUCAUUGUGUUUUGCUAGUAUAUUGUGUAAAUCCAUAAUGAAAGUGGUAACCUAAACAGUCAUGCACAAGGCAACACCAUGUGGAAUACAGUUGGUUUUCAGCUUUA